UUGAAUUGUGGGACCUAUCCCCUAUGGUCGACAGCGAUUAGUGGACCCUAAUGGCAUAAUCCAACGGUUGCGUAUAUGUAAAGUCCACACAGAUCACCGUAACCUCUAGAAACACCUGAUUAUUACACUGCCUCAAGCAGUGAGUAAAGCAAAUCGCCUCCUCUCGGCGGGAAGAGAACACCAUCGGUUGUCUCCUUCUCUCUCCCCAACCUAGGGUUUUCUACGUAAUCAGCAACACAGCCCAAAUCGCAAAUCCAACAGGUAUUAAUUAAAGCCUGCCUUAGCACUCGGCGUCCGGCUCCGUCUCGUUUACGUGUUUCUGAUGGCGGUGGAGAGGCUUUUUAAAGAUGAAGCUACAGAAGAAAAGGGUGAACGUGCCAGAAUGGCAUCCUUUAUUGGUGCAAUGGCAAUUGCUGAUUUGGUCAAGACAACCUUAGGGCCCAAGGGAAUGGAUAAAAUUUUACAGUCAACAGGCAGGGGACACAGUGUUACUGUGACAAAUGAUGGUGCUACAAUAUUAAAGUCACUUCAUAUUGAUAAUCCAGCUGCUAAAGUCCUUGUUGAUAUUUCCAAAGUUCAAGAUGAUGAAGUUGGAGAUGGGACUACCUCUGUAGUUGUUUUGGCUGGCGAGCUUUUGAGGGAGGCGGAAAAGUUGGUAGCAACAAAAAUUCAUCCAAUGACCAUAAUUGCAGGUUUCCGGAUGGCUGCUGAGUGUGCUCGUGAGGCUUUACUGCAGAGGGUGAUGGAUAAUAAGGAGGAUGCAGAGAAAUUCAAGGCUGACUUAAUGAAGAUUGCAAUGACUACUUUGAGCUCUAAAAUCCUCUCUCAGGAUAAGGAACAUUUUGCAAAACUGGCUGUUGAUGCUGUGAUGAGGCUAAAGGGCAGCACAAACUUGGAGGCCAUUCAAAUUAUUAAGAAGCCUGGUGGAUCUUUGAUUGAUUCCUUUUUGGAUGAAGGGUUCAUUCUAGACAAGAAAAUCGGUAUUGGCCAACCUAAACGCAUUGAAAAUGCAAAGAUCUUGGUGGCAAAUACUGCAAUGGACACGGAUAAAGUGAAAAUUUAUGGUGCCCGAGUUCGUGUUGAUUCCAUGUCUAGGGUUGCUGAGAUUGAAACGGCUGAGAAGGAGAAGAUGAGGGAGAAGGUGCAAAAGAUCUUAGCUCAUGGGAUUAACUGCUUUGUGAACCGACAGCUCAUUUACAAUUUCCCAGAGGAGCUAUUUGCCGAUGCAGGAAUUCUUGCAAUUGAGCAUGCUGAUUUUGAUGGUAUUGAGCGCUUGGCUCUAGUUACAGGGGGUGAUAUUGCCUCUACUUUUGACAAUCCAGAUUCAGUUAAGCUUGGACAUUGCCAGCUCAUUGAAGAAAUUAUGAUUGGUGAGGACAGGUUGAUCAAAUUUUCUGGUGUCGAAAUGGGCCAGGCAUGCACAAUUGUAUUGAGAGGUGCAAGCAAUCACGUGCUCGAUGAAGCUGAAAGGUCUCUGCAUGAUGCCUUGUGUGUUCUGUCUCAGACUGUAAAUGACAGUAGGGUUUUGCUUGGUGGCGGAUGGCCUGAGAUGGUUAUGGCAAAGGCAGUGGAUGAGUUGGCCCGUAAGACUCCUGGGAAAAAAUCUCAUGCUAUUGAAGCUUUCUCCCGGGCACUCAUUGCAAUUCCAACAAUCAUUGCUGACAAUGCUGGUUUGGACAGCGCUGACUUGGUUGCUCAGCUCCGAGCAGAGCACCACAAGGAAGGAAGCACUGCAGGAAUAGAUGUCAUUAGUGGAGCUGUGGGAGAUAUGGCAGAGCGUGGGAUCUGUGAAGCAUUCAAAGUUAAACAGGCUGUGUUGCUCUCUGCCACUGAGGCUGCUGAGAUGAUUCUCAGAGUUGAUGAAAUCAUAACCUGUGCCCCGCGUAAGAGAGAAGAUAGAAUGUGAGUUGAAAGACAGCUAUUAUGCCGAUGUCAGGACUCAGGACGGACAUCUAGUUUGUAACACAUGCAAUCAUCAUCUAGUUUUUGAUGAUUGGCCUGGUGAAGAAGUUUAGUUGUACGAAGUUUGGAAUAUGUACUGUUUUAAUGUGUACUACCGGGUUACGGAGCAAUUUUGGGUUGCAAAAUUUAGUUGUAUGGGGUUGCUUUUAGUCUUUGUUUGGAAGGAUAUACCAGUGUUGGGGAUUUUGUUGAGAUCUGGACUUUUGCAGGUAGAUUCUUUGGGUCUUGCCUCAUCUUGAAUAUCAAACGUAUCCUAUCUGCCAUGCA